AUGGCUCUGCUCUUCUUAUUUUGGUGCACUUUGUUUUGCUUUGCAGUUGACUCCUUUUCCAUUUCCUCUCUUGUUAGUAAAGAGCUCUAUCAUUCAAUAUUCCUACACAAGGACGAUAAUGCCUGCCCGGCCAAGGACUUCUAUACUUAUGAGUCUUUCAUCAAAGCAUCGAAGUGCUUUCCACGAUUUGGAAAUACCGGAAGCUUAGCUACGCGUAAGAGAGAAAUAGCAGCAUUUCUUGCUCAAAUCUCCCAUGAGACUACCGGAGGUUGGGCAACUGCCCCUGAUGGCCCUUUUGCGUGGGGCUUGUGCUUCAAAGAAGAAGUCAGUCCUCAAUCUGAAUACUGUGACUCCACCAACAAACAAUGGCCUUGCUAUCCUGGCAAGUCUUACAAAGGAAGAGGUCCUAUUCAAUUGUCAUGGAAUUAUAACUAUGGUCCGGCAGGAAAAGCCUUGGGAUUCGAUGGUCUGAAAAAUCCGGAUUCAGUCUCCAAUAAUUCCUUAAUUGCUUUCAAAACUGCCUUUUGGUUUUGGAUGACCGAGAAUAAGCCGAAGCCCUCUUGUCACAGUGUCAUGGUCGGAAGAUAUGUUCCAACAAAAGAGGAUUUGGCAGCCAAUCGUACAGCAGGUUUUGGGUUGGUAACCAACAUUAUAAAUGGAGGGCUGGAGUGUGGAAUACCCACCGAUGGCCGAGUUGCAGAUCGUAUUGGCUUCUUUCAAAGAUAUGCCAGCACCUUUAAUGUCGACACCGGACCUAACUUGGAUUGCCAAUACCAAAAACCCUACUGA